GAUGAUGCCCGCUCUCUGACCGAAAAUAAGCACCCAGUAGUAAAUUUGCGAUCGUCCAUGCAACAUGCAAAGAUUAUUGAUCUGCUUAGUCGCUUUUACGUGUCUGGGUGUCAGCACCUGGGCCAUAGAUGGUGUAAAGGGUGGACAUCGACCGCGUCAUCCCAUAAGUCAUUAUGGUAGCACAAAUUCUUCGCAAAAUAGUCUUUGUUAUAAAACGGUUCCAUACAGUCAUGUUUUGGCUUUGAACUCUAGUGGGUCGCCUUAUAAUACCAUCCCUCAGCCACCAGAAGGUCAAUUUUACAAUGGUGGUUGGAUUACUAUUUUGGACUGUUGCGACGGCUACGAACGCAAUGUGACGAGCGGCUUGUGCGAACCGCGUUGUGAUCGCGGCUGUUUCGGUGGUCGUUGUACAGGACCGAAUAUCUGCAGCUGUCAACCGGGAUGGCGUUCCGAAGACGGCGUCUGUAUGCCUGUCUGUACGUACCAGUGCCAAGAGAACGCUUAUUGCUUCUCUCCGGAGGUUUGCAUAUGCAAAUUAGGCUACGAUGAGGUAAACGGUCAGUGUAAACCAAUCUGUCCCGACGGAUGCAGAAACGGCGAAUGUGUGGCGCCGCGAGUUUGUCGAUGCAGACCAGGAUACGCUCUGAAUGAACGUAAGGAGUGCGUAGCCGCAUGCGAGGGAGGCUGCACGCAUGGCACGUGUAGCGCGCCGGGUGUGUGCACCUGUCAAGAGGGAUACAUUAAUCCUUCUGGUGAUCGCGAGUCCUGCAUUCCUCACUGCUCAGACAACUGCAACGGCGGUGUAUGUAUAGCCCCGAACACUUGUAGAUGCAGACCCGGUUUUACGCACAAUCGCACCAGAGGUUGCGUGCCGGAUUGUCCGGGUGGUUGCGACGAUGGCUGCGAUUGUAUCGCGCCGAACACUUGUACGUGCAGACCCGGAUGCACGCGGGAUCAUAGCGGUCGAUGCGUCCCGACUAGUCCUGGUUCAUCGCAGUGCGGAUACGGAUAUAGCGUCGAUCCCGAUACCGGUAGAUGCAUCCCCGUAUCGACACCCACCAUCCCAUCGCAUUCCGCCGACUGUAGAUACGAUUGCGGUCCGCACGGCACCUGCAUUGGACAUAAUCGAUGCGCCUGCCAACCAGGAUUCAUACCCGAUCCCGAUACCGGUAGAUGCGUUUCCCUGCCAUCCUCCAACGCGACCAGCUCGCAAUGCAGAUACGGUUGCGGUCCAAACGCACGGUGUGUCGGCUCGAACGUGUGCAUCUGCAAUCCGGGAUUCCAUAACGAUCCCGAUACAGGUAGAUGCGUAUCUGAAGGGGAUGAUAUGGAUGUGAACAUCUGUCACCCUCCGUGCUUGAACGGCCGAUGUACAGGGCCGAGUCAGUGCACCUGCAAUGACGGAUAUACUCACGAUCCUCGUGAUGUCACACGCUCAAGAUGCAUGCCGGUGUGCAAGGGCGGAUGCUUGAACGGCGUAUGCACCUUGCCGAAUCGCUGUAUUUGUAAUCCCGGUUAUCGGAAAGAGAGCGGUGUCAAGGGUCGGGAAAGAUGUGUCCCGCAAGAAUAAGCGUUGUUUCCGAGAUGUACGGAAAAAUUGAUGACACAAAGCGUCUUAAUACUUAGAUUAAUUUGACAAAGCGAGCAUACAUUCAUUUCUGGAUGAUAUGAGAGGGAUUGUAUAAACGUCAAUAUGUAAAAUUUGUAAUAAAUAUACAUACAGAUUCAGAAAACAUA